AUGGAUUAUCCAUUAUUACUGUUUGCUGCAUCUGCUUGGUCUAGUGUAAAAAAAUCAACGACAACGAACUGUUGGAAGGCAACUGGAAUAAUUCCGUAUUCCAUAAGCGCUGAGGAGUAUUUACGUCUUGAUGAUGAAGAAGCAGUCUUUGUUAAUAGCGUUACAGAUGAAGAUAUUGUACAGACGAUUUUAGGGGAAGAACAGGCAAAGUCAGAUGAAGAAGAGAUAAAGGCAGUGAAGAAACGUGUAUCUGUCGAAGAAGCCUGCAAAGCUGCUGAGGUUAUGUUGCAAUUUUUCGAGCAGCAAGAUGAUAUCAAGUUAGAAUUUUCCGAAAUACUUGCAUUAAGCGAAAGAUAG